AUGUCUGUCAAAAUGGUUGCUCCCAAUCCACGUCUCGGCUUCAUGCCGUCGCGAUUACUCAACGUUUUUGUCACAUCAAACAGAUGUGUCCGAUGUCUUCACCAGAAAUCCGGGGCUCCGUCUGUGCCUUCACCUACGCCAUUUGUACCCGACGUUCAGACCUUCUUGACCUUGAUCGGCCGCGACAUGGUUAAGCAUGCCAGCAAAUUCUCCUCUUGGGACAAGCUUUUCUCGCUCACAUCGGCUGAGCUCCGAGACCUGGGAAUCGAACCCGCUCGUCAGAGACGAUAUCUUCUCCGAUGGCGCGAGAAGUUUAGGCGAGGAAUUUAUGGCCCAGGUGGAGACCUGGAUCACGUCGUGAACGGUGCUGCCCAGCUUCGCGUCGUUGAAGUUCCAGCAGACACUCCUAUUCAGAACGCGAAUAACAGUGGUUCUACUUCUACUCUUCCGGUCACUGCAUCUGCGAAUUUAUCACCGGGUAUGAAAAAGGCAAUCGUCAACCUUCCACCGGAUGCAACAGAAUACCACCACGACCCAUCAACUCCUCUCAAAAAGUAUGCACAGAUGAAGAUUCAUCGUGGGUCUAUGAUCAAAGGCCCCUAUCUGCAACCGAUCAAAGGCACAAACGGUUCUGCUGCCUUGAUUCGAGUAGUGGAGGGUAUGUGGGAAGACAAGCGAGGACAUAAAGUCGAUGGUGGCGAGAGACGGCGCGCAGAAGUAGAAGGGGGAUUGUCUGUAUACUAUAUCUGUAUCACACAUAUGGCUACUUUUGCAACUUUAAUUGUAUUUUCUCAUUCCCAUCAGCACUGUUCUGUUUCGUGA